GAAAUUCAGCGAUUAGGAAAACGAAAACUCGAUGAAACUGAUUUCGAGAAUUCUCCCGUUUGGCGCUUCAUCCGCGUGACUGGUCCAUUGGGAUCUCAAAAAGUUGAAAUCACUGCGGAAUACAAUUCUGGGCUUGGUAGCGCGACAUAUGGCCAGAAUGGCCAUACACCCGCAUAUACUCCAGACAAAGAGAGGUCUAAUGUGAUAACGGGUGUCAAUAUCUCGCCAGACGAGGCGACGGCAGUAGUAUCUUUUCAGAAGACCGUGAAUACAAUUCUGGGCUUGGUAGCGCGACAUAUGGCCAGAAUGGCCAUACACCCGAGAAAAAAAAUAUGUAAGCAUUUGAUGGAUGAAUUCAGCAAUACGCAAGAUGUGCUUUCUCAUAUUGUCUGGAUACUACAAGCGCAAGCUCAGAGAUUGAGAAGCGUUAUAACGGGUGUCGAUAUCUCGCCAGACGAGGCGAAACUUUGGUUCGAAAUCUUAGGAGAAGACAAAUAU